AUGGCUAAAAAGGGAAAGAAGAAUAACAAGCAAGAUUACUGGGAUGAGGAAUUUGAGGCAGAUCAACCUCAGGCUGAAGAAUUAGCGUCUCCAGCUCCAGAAUCCGAAACUGCAGAACCACAAGGACCUGCUGUUGCUAAUGCAGAGGAUGAAUUUGGUGGAGAUUUCUUGUCCAACUUGAAGAAAGCUAAGAACAAGAAAGAGAAGAAAGUCAAGCAAAAGGAGGAGGAGAAGAAACAGCAAGAACAGGAAACCCAAAAAGGUCCUAUCAUUAAGACAAAGAAGGAGAAAGAGAGAGAGAGAAAGGAGAGAGAGAAACAAAGAAAGAAGCAACUGGCUGAAAGAAAAGGUGCUUCUGCUGGUGCUGCUGGUAAUUCUUCAAAGAAGGAUGAGGAGUCAACUACCGAAACCUCUGGUGAAGAAAAGAAGGUUGAUGAACCAACUAAAGCUACCCCUUCUUCUUCAAAAAAGACCAAGAAGGUUCCUGCUGCAAUUGCAGCCUUGAAGAGACAACUUGAAUUGAAGAAGCAGGCCGAAGAGGAAGCAGCACGUCUUGAGGAAGAAGAGAGAUUGAGAGAGGAAGAGGAAGAGAAGCAGAGAGUUGCUGAAGAAAAAGCAAACGAGGAAGAAAAGAGGCUAAAGAAGGAAAAGGAGAAGGCUAGAAUUGAGCAACUGAAAAAAGAAGGUAAAUAUCUCACUAAGAAGCAAAAGCAAGAGAAGGCUCUGCAAGAAAGAAGAAGAGCUGCAUUGCUACAAUCGGGUAACAUCCAAGUUGCUGGUCUAUCCAGUGAAGGUCAACCAAAGAAAGCCAGUGCUGCUAGAUAUAAGAAAAAGAAGAAGCAAUCACAAUCUGCUGAAGAAAAGGCUGCUGCUGAAGCCAAGGCUGCUGCUGAGGCAAAGAAAACCGUUAAUAACGGUUUGGAUGAUGAUGAAGAUGAAGCUUUGGUUGACGACUGGGAAAAUAUGCUAGACGAUGAUGAAGGCGAGGAAGCAGCGUCUGGUGAACUCGACGAAGAAGAAAGGGAAGAGCAGGAGGAACAAGAAUUUGUUGCACAUGAUUACGAUGACACUGAUAUUGUUGAAGAAGCUCAACCAAAGGUUACCACUCCAAAGGCAAGCCCAAUUCCUGAAGCAAAAUCACUGCUACCAAAAACAACAUCUAUUACUAAGGAUGGUAGAGAAUUACGUUCUCCAAUCUGCUGUAUUUUGGGUCACGUUGAUACCGGUAAAACCAAGUUAUUGGAUAAGAUUAGACAAACUAACGUCCAAGGUGGUGAAGCUGGUGGUAUUACUCAACAAAUCGGUGCAACUUACUUCCCAAUUGAUUCCAUUCAAGAAAAGACUAAGGUCAUGGAAGAAUUUGAAAAGGUUUCUUAUGAUGUUCCAGGUUUAUUGAUGAUUGAUACACCAGGUCACGAAUCUUUCACUAAUCUAAGAACAAGAGGUUCAUCGCUUUGUAACAUUGCCAUCCUAGUCAUUGAUAUCAUGCAUGGCUUAGAACAACAAACAAUUGAGUCUAUUAGACUAUUGAGAGAUAGAAAGGCACCAUUCGUUGUUGCUUUGAAUAAGAUCGAUAGAUUAUAUGACUGGAAAGCCACUCCAAACAAUUCUUUCCGUAACUCUCUAGAAGCUCAAAAACCUUCUGUUAGGUCUGAAUUUGAAACCAGGUUUACACAAAUCAAGGUUGCUUUAGCUGAACAAGGUUUGAACUCGGAAUUGUACUACAAGAACCAAAAUAUGUCUAAAUAUGUUUCCAUUGUUCCAACAUCUGCUGUUACCGGUGAAGGUGUUCCUGAUUUAUUGUGGUUACUAUUAGAGUUGACUCAAAAGAGAAUGAGUAAGCAAUUGAAAUAUCUAACAGGCGUCGAGGCUACCAUUUUAGAAGUGAAGGUUAUUGAAGGUUUAGGUACUACCAUUGAUGUCAUUCUAUCUAACGGAGUUUUGCAUGAAGGUGACAGAAUUGUGCUUUGCGGUAUGAAUGGGCCAAUUGUUACAAAUAUAAGAGCACUAUUAACUCCUCCUCCUGCGAGAGAAUUACGUAUCAAAUCAGAAUACGUUCACCACAAGGAAGUCAAGGCAGCUAUUGGUGUUAAAAUCGCUGCAAAUGAUUUGGAAAAAGCGGUUGCUGGUUCAAGAUUAUUAGUUGUUAAAGAAGGUGACGAUGAAGAAGAAAUGAUGGAUGACGUCAUGGAUGAUUUAACCGGUUUGUUAGAUUCUGUCGACACCUCCGGUAGGGGUGUUACCGUCCAAGCAUCCACUUUAGGUUCAUUGGAAGCGUUAUUAGACUUUUUGAAGGAUAUGAAGAUUCCAGUUAUGUCAAUUGGUUUAGGUCCAGUUUACAAGAGAGACGUUAUGAAGGCAACAGCAAUGUUGGAUAAGGCUAAGGAAUUGGCCGUUAUGUUGUGUUUCGAUGUUAAGGUUGAUAAGGAGGCAGAACAAUACGCAAAUGAACAAGGUGUCAAAAUAUUUAAUGCAGAUAUUAUUUAUCACCUAUUUGAUGAGUUUACUGCAUAUCAAGAGAAACUUUUGGAAGAAAAGAGAAAGGCUAAUGCCGGUUCUGCUAUUUUCCCUUGUGUUCUGAAAACACUACAAAUCAUUAACAAGAGAAAUCCAAUGAUUAUUGGUGUUGAUGUCGUUGAAGGUAUGGUUAAAGUUGGUACUCCAAUCUGUGCAGUCAAGCCGGAUCCUUCCACUGGUAGAAAAAUCCCAAUGUUAUUGGGUACUGUUACCUCUUUGGAAGUCAACCACGAAUCUAAGGCAUCCGUGAGAAAAGGUGAGACGAAUGCCGGUGUUGCUAUGCGUUUAGAAGCAGGUUCUGGGCAACAGCCAACAUGGGGUAGACAUGUUGACGAGAAGGAUGGCUUAUACUCACUUAUCACUAGAAAAUCCAUCGAUACUUUGAAGGAUCCAGCUUUUAGAAGUACAGUGCCGAGGGAAGAUUGGCUAUUGAUCAAAAAGUUGAAACCGUUAUUAGAUAUCGAAUAG